AUGUAUGAUGCUGGAAUUCCCUUCAAUGCUGUUAAAUAUGAUUCUUUUGAGCCUUGUAUCGAAGCUAUUGGACAAUUUGGAUCAGGGAUGAAACCUCCAUCAUAUCAUGAAGUGAGGGUUAAGUAUUUGAAGGAGUUGGCAAAUACGAACUCACUUCUCAAAUCCCAUAAAGAAGAUCAUGCUAAGUUGAGAAAUUUGCAAGAUGGAUGGAUGAAACCUCCAUCAUAUCAUGAAGUGAGGGUUAAGUAUUUGAAGGAGUUGGCAAAUAUGAACUCACUUCUCAAAUCCCAUAAAGAAGAUCAUGCUAAGUUUGGGUGCACAAUCAUGGCAGAUGGAUGGACAGAUAAAAAGGAUAAUGCAAGCUGCAAUGUCAGUACAGGUCGUCUUUUGGAAAACCGAUUUCCACACUUGUACUGGACUCCCUGUGCAGCUCAUUGUUUAGAUUUGUUGCUCGAGGAUAUAUUCAAAAUUCCUCAUCUUAGAAAAUUGCAUGAACGGGCGUUGAUGGUGAAUGGUUAUAUUUACAACAGACUGCAAGUAUUGAGCAUGAUGAGAGAGUUUACUGGACAGAGAGACAUGGUAAGAACCGCAAAGACACGUUUUACAACCACUUUUUUGACUUUAAAGCGAUUUCAUGUACAACAAGCAAAUCUGAGAAAAAUGUUUACAUCUGAAAAGUGGGCAAAUAGUCGAUUUUCCAAAGAGGUCGUAGGAAAACGUGUAGCAGAAGUGAUAUUGAUGCCUUCUUUUUGGAAAAAUAUGGUUUUUGCAUUAAAAGUUGGUGGUCCAUUGGUGAAAGUAUUACGACUGGUAGACGGUGAAAAACGGUCUCCUAUGGGUUAUAUUUAUGAGGCAAUGGACAGGGCCAAAGAAGCUAUCGUUGCGUCAUUUAACAAUAAUGAAGAGAAAUAUCGUAACAUUUUUGAAUUCAUUGACAAAAGAUGGAACAUCCAACUCCAUCGACCUUUGCACGUAGCCGGAUAUUUCUUGAAUCCAGAGUGUUUUUACUCAAACCCUGACAUAGAAAAUGAUACAGAAGUGAUGAAGGGUUUGCACAAGUGCAUAUCUAGAUUGGUGAGAGGUGAGGAUUUACAAGAUAAGAUCACGAAACAAUUGGAAAACUACAAGAAAGCAGAAGGACUUUUUGGUUUGCCAAUGGCUAUCCGACAAAGAACUUUAAAAUCACCAGAUGAUUGGUGGUCUUCUUAUGGUGCAUCAAUGCCUGUGAUCCGGCGGUAA